AUGCCCCGAGACAUCAUUUGCAUACGAAGAAAAUUAAGCUCCUUUGUUCGGGGUUAUUUGCUGAGUCCCGAGUCCCCAGCACUUAAGCCUCCCCGAGCAGCUCAGAGGAUCACCAUCAAGGUCCCAGUCCGCUAUCAUUUACGCGUCGAAGCCUACCGGAAGAUGAGGUACGUCACAAGCUUGGGCAGCAUGGUCCACCUGGCCGCAGCAGUCCUCAAUCUCGAACCCCCGACCCGAGCCACCGCCCCCGGGUCUCUGAAGCGGCCGAGGGAUAAGGCCGAGGUUGAGGAGAGGACCAUGACGCACAAACGUCAGAAGAAGGCGUGGGCGGCGCUUGGAAACCUGCAGAAGGAGUGUCACCGACGCAGGCUCUUGUCAUAAGGGUGACGCAGACCCUGAUAUCAAUGACUGACUUGAGCUAUUAAUUAGAGGUUGUUGCCUAAGCCUGUACAGAUACCGAUUGCUGUUAUCAAAUAAUCACGCCUGGGGGCUGUGCAUCACAGCUCGUGGUAGGCCGGCAGGAGUUUUAGCAGGUGGCAGUAUCUUGCUGCUGCUGCCAUCACUACUGCUGCUUCUGUCUAUCGCUAUUGCCGUUGCUGUCGUUCGCGACUGCCAUCAAUGUCUAU